CAGCAGGGGGCGCUCCGUUCCGAGGCGGCCUGGAGGUGAAGCAUCUCAACGGGUAAAGUUCCGCUAUAGAGUACGGAAGAGUGCCAUCGAGUCGGAGAGGAAAGUGUGCAAAAUCCAAUUAAAAUGGGUUUCGUCAAAGUGGUGAAGAACAAGGCAUACUUCAAGAGAUAUCAAGUCAAAUACCGACGAAGGAGAGAGGGCAAGACGGACUUCUUCGCACGCAAACGCUUGGUUGUACAAGACAAGAACAAGUACAACACCCCCAAGUAUCGUCUGAUUGUUAGACUGUCCAACAGGGACAUCUGCUGCCAGAUUGCCUAUGCAAAAAUUGAAGGGGACUGCAUUGUGUCUGCGGCGUACUCCCACGAGCUGCCCAAGUAUGGCAUCCCUGUGGGUCUCACUAACUACGCUGCGGCGUACUGCACUGGCUUGCUGCUGGCUCGCAGGCUGUUGCACAAGUUUGGCAUCGAUCAGGUGUACGAGGGUCAGGUGGAGGUGACGGGCGACGAGUUCAACGUGGAGAGCGUGGACGGUCAGCCGGGCACCUUCACCUGUUACCUGGAUGCGGGCCUGGCCAGAACCACUACGGGAAACAAAGUGUUUGGAGCGCUAAAGGGAGCAGUGGACGGAGGACUGGCCAUCCCUCACAGCCUGAAACGCUUCCCCGGUUACGACACCGAGAGCAAGGAGUUUAACGCUGAGGUGCAUCGGAAACACAUCAUGGGCAUGAACGUGGCCGACUACAUGUCCUGCCUGAUGGAGGAGGACGAGGAGGCAUAUAAGAGGCAGUUCUCUCGCUUCAUCAAGAACGGAGUCGCACCCGACACGGUGGAGGAAAUGUACAAGAAAGCACACGCCGCCAUCAGAGCAAACCCUGUUCAUGAAAAGCAACCCAAAAGAGAAGUCCAAAGGAAGAGAUGGAAUCGCGCCAAGUUGUCUCUGGCUCAGAGGAAGGACCGCGUUGCCCAGAAAAAAGCCAGCUUCUUACGAGCACAAGAACGGGAGGCGGAGGACGUGAUGCUAUGACAGGAAUGCUGACGACACUUGAGCUCUUCACAUUGGUCCCGUUACACGUUCUAUACUUGAAUCAAUGACUCAAAAGGGGACAGGAGAGGGCAGCUGAUGUGAUAGAAAAGACAGCAAAAUAGUGUCAUUGUGCAAAAGUCAUGCAUUAACAUCUUUUGAGCAUCCAGCAGCGCACAACUUCCUGGAUGAUAUUUUACAAAGUGACUUCAUUGUCAGCGGCGUCUUUAGAAUAGAAUAAGGUUGAUAAAAAAGAUCUGUGGAACAUUCCAGCAUGAUUCCUAUGGCACUGUGAUGGGUCCAAGCCCAAAGUGAUACAGUACGACAUUCACAAAUGAACACACAUGGCUGUCAUAAAGAUGUUAUUGUGCUUCUUCCUAGUAGAUUCGGUGGCCUAAAACGUCCCUCCGGUUAGCGAUGAUUCCUUCCGAGCUUUGUCAAAAGUAAGCAUGCAAAAAACCUCCCAUUAUAGACUUUGAUUGUUCAUAUCUUCAUACUAACUGAAAGCAAUAGAAAUUGAUUGGCUAGUCUUCAAUAAGCCUCCCAGGUAUGGGUGAUCCAGCAGUAAUAUGCAAGUGGGCACAAGUAUUGGGACACCUCCCUAUUCCUCUAAGACGGGUGGAACU